AUGGCUACAGCAGGUGCACACGAAGAGCGCCUGGCUUGGUGGACCCAACUUCUGCAGGAUCAAACAAUCUCGCCGUUGACCAGAGACUACCCUGAAGUUACCACAGAGAAUGUACACAAACGGCCCAUCGAGGCGGCCGAGUCGCUUGCUGCUCCGAUAGCCACCAGAGAUGCCCUGAAAACACUGUCUAGCCUCGCAUCAUUCACCACCGUGAUUCAGACAGCUCUCAUUGUUCUGGUGAGCAGGCUAACUGGUGACGAGGAUAUCAGCAUCGGCACUAAUGCCAAAACUAACGGCCCUCCAUUUGUCCUCAAAACAGCGGUCGCUGCCUCGGAGCCGUUCUCGCAGCUGCUCAAAAAGGUACUAGAACUAUCGGCUCAGGCGGCAGAGAAGAUUGUACCUCUUGCAGAUCUCCAGACAAGCUUGAAGAGACCGGUUCUGUUUCGAUUUGCUUGUUUCGACAGCAAUGACGAUGGUGCCAGUCUACCCGGUAGUGCUGAAACGACCGACUUUCUGCUAUCAUAUUCUUGCUCCGCUGAAGGCGAUCUCCGGCUGACGGCGCGGUACAACCAGCGUCUUGUCUCGAGUGCAAGGGUAGCUGGAAUCCUGGCUCAAAUCACGCAGCUGCUGGAAAAUGCAGCGCGCGAUGUGAAUGCUCCCGUGGGUGGUAUCGUGUUCGCCACCCCUCAAGAGCAAGCUCUCAUACCCAACCCAACCAGCGAUUUGGAGUGGUCGUCUUUCCGUGGCGCUAUCCACGAUAUCUUUGCUGCAAAUGCGGAAGCGCAUCCUGAACGAACAUGCGUGGUAGAAACAAAAUCUGAGGAUGGGCCAGAAAGAACAUUCACCUAUCAGCAAAUACACGAGUCUUCCAAUAUUCUGGCACAUCACCUGGUCAAGUCUGGUCUGGAGAGGGGUGAUGUUGUCAUGAUAUACUCUUAUCGGGGUGUUGACCUAGUAGUCGCCAUUAUGGGUAUUUUGAAGGCAGGGGGCACGUUUUCAGUACUGGAUCCUGCCUACCCACCUGAUAGACAAAACAUCUAUCUGGACGUGUCCAGACCGCGGGCACUUGUCAUCAUCGAUAAGGCCACUCAAGAUGCUGGUGAACUCUCGGAGAAGGUACGGGGUUUCAUAACUGAGAAUCUGGACCUCAAGACAGAGGUUCCGGCUUUACGCCUACAGGAUGACGGCUUUCUUCAAGGUGGCGAAGUUGCUGGAAAGGAUAUUUUUGAGUCUGUCCGGGAACUUAAAGCCAAAGGUCCUGGGGUUGUGGUUGGGCCUGACUCGAUUCCCACCCUCUCUUUCACAUCUGGUUCUGAAGGUAAACCGAAAGGUGUCAGAGGUCGCCACUACUCAUUGGCAUUUUAUUUCGACUGGAUGGCGAUGACGUUCAACUUGUCUGAGAAAGACAAAUUCACCAUGCUCAGCGGCAUCGCGCACGAUCCCAUUCAAAGAGACAUUUUUACACCACUGUUCCUGGGGGCGCAGCUGCUUGUGCCAUCAAAGAAUGAUAUCCAAAACGAGCUACUGGCAGAGUGGAUGAAAGAAUAUGGCGCGACAGUGACACAUCUGACACCGGCCAUGGGUCAAAUUCUGGUCGGGGGUGCAACUGCAAAGUUUGAAACUCUUCAUCAUGCCUUUUUCGUGGGCGAUAUCUUGAUCAAGAGGGACUGUAGAUCCCUACAGAAUCUGGCGCCCAACGUUCGGAUCGUCAACAUGUGGGGAACGACAGAGACUUCCAGGGCUGUGAGUUACUACGAGAUACCGUCGUGGAAUGAAAACGACGCCUUCCUCGAUGGUAUGAAGGACGUCAUCCCGGUCGGCAGAGGUAUGCAUAACGUCCAGAUGCUCGUGAUAAACCGCUUCGACCCGAUCAAACUGUGUGCCGUUGGCGAGAUUGGAGAAAUCUACAUCAGAGCAAGCGGACUUGCAGAAGGCUAUUUGGGAACUCCCGAGCUUACGGCUAAGAAAUUCGUCAACAACUGGUUCCCAGGUCAUGAAAAAGGCCUCGAGUCAGAUAAAGCAAGGUUUGAACAAAAAUAUAAGAACGAGCCUUGGGCGAAGUAUUACCUGGGACCCCGUGAUCGCCUCUAUCGCAGCGGAGAUCUCGGACGCUACACACCGACAGGAGAUGUGGAAUGCUCUGGCAGAGCUGACGAUCAAGUAAAGAUCAGAGGCUUCCGGAUCGAACUUGGAGAAAUCGACACCCACCUCUCUCGACAUCCACUGGUGCGCGAAAAUGUGACUCUCGUGCGAAGGGACAAGUUCGAGGAGCAGACUCUUGUCAGCUACAUUGUGCCCCAAAUGAAAGCGUGGGCACAAUUCCUUGCCGAAAAGGGCAAAGAGGAUAUCCCGGACGACGGAACUCUGAUUGGGAGAGUUGAGCGGUUUCAACUGCUUCAGAUUGAAGUGCAAGAGUAUCUGCGAACCAAGCUCCCUGCUUAUGCAGUACCUUCUGUCAUAGUGCCGAUGAAAGCUAUGCCUUUAAAUCCCAAUGGCAAGGUCGACAGGCCCAAGCUGCCUUUCCCGGAUGCAGGAAUACUCUCGGCACGGACGCGGCGGAAGUCUUCUAUGUUGCAACAACUCACGGAAGGCGAACUAGCGCUGGCACACAUCUGGGCCAAACUUGUCCCAGGAUUGAUUCCGCGAACCAUCAGUCCAACCGACUCGUUCUUUGCGAUUGGUGGUGAGAGUAUGAAAGCCCAACAGCUCGCUUAUCAGGUCAGAAGAACACUUGGAGUCAAUCUCCCAAUCAGCAGGAUCUAUAAUCGACACACGCUGAAGGAGAUGGCUGCUGUCAUUGAUCACUUGCGAGCGGCUGAUUCUCUGAGUGGUGGAGAGUUAGUUGAGGUUGAAAAUGCCGCAGAUGGCACUCAAUCCAACGGAGUCAAGGCUGAAGACCAAUACGGCGACGAUGCCCCCAUCAUGGCCAAGGCGUUGCCUGCCUCCUUCCCUUCUGCUUCCCCCGAUGUCCCUUCCGCGCCAGUGGUGUUCCUUACUGGGGCAACAGGCUUCUUGGGAUCGUUCGUAUUGAAAGAUCUUCUGGACCGCAAAAACCCUCAAGUUAACAAAAUCUUUGUUCUCGUCAGAGCCAAAGACGAAGCAGCGGCACUUUCCCGCAUUAAAACAACAUGUCAGGCUUAUGGCGUCUGGGACGACUCAUGGGAAUCUCGAAUCGAGUGUGUCACAGGCGAACUAGGGCCGCUGCAACUUGGCAUUUCCGACACAAGAUGGAAGCAAAUUGUUGACGAAGUCGACGUUGUCAUCCAUAAUGGUGCCCAAGUUCAUUGGAUCAAUACAUACGAGAUGCUCAAGCCAGCCAACGUUCUCGGCACCAUUGAAACAAUGAAGAUCUGCGCCCAAGGUAAACCCAAAUUCUUUGCGUUCGUGUCCUCAACCAGCGUGCUCGACCACGAACACUUUGUCUUCGAAUCAGAACGCAUCGUCGCUGCCGGUGGAGAAGGUAUCAGUGAAGACGAUGACUUGAUGGGCAGCCGAAAAGGAUUAGGCACCGGCUAUGGCCAGAGCAAAUGGGUAGCGGAAUAUCUUUGUCGCGAAGCUGGUCGACGAGGCCUCCGUGGCUGCAUCGUUAGGCCCGGUUAUGUGCUUGGCUCUUCCAAGACUGGCGUCACAAACACGGACGACUUUUUGAUUCGGAUGCUCAAGGGCUGCAUCCAGCUCGGUACGCGGCCUAAUAUCAACAACACGGUGAACAUGGUUCCGGUGGACCAUGUCGCUCGCACGGUGGUGGCCUGUGCUUUCCAUCCUCCGUCUUCUCAAGGCGUCAGUGUGGCUCAGAUUACAGGGCACCCGAGACUGCGGUUCAACCAAUAUCUCGCGGCUCUCCAAACCUAUGGAUACAAGGCGGACCUAACGGAUUACGUCCCUUGGGCAUCUUCGCUUGAGCACUAUGUCAGCGCACACGCCGAUUUUGCUCUAAUGCCACUCUUUACCUUUGUCGCGAACGAUCUCCCCUCGAAUACACGCGCCCCAGAACUCGAUGACAGCAAUGCCGAGAAGGCACUUUACGCCGACGAGAAAUGGACUCGAGAAGAUGUCAGUGCGGGAAGUGGUGUCACAAAACGUGAAAUCGGGCUGUAUCUGGCUUAUUUGGUUCAGAUCGGAUUUCUCCCACCUCCAAAUGCUGGGAGAGACCAGGAUGGUGUCAAGAGUUUGCCAGAGGUGACGGUAUCGGAUAUACAGCGCAAGGCAUUGUCAAGCGUCGGGGGGCGAGGGGGUCUGGCUUGA